AUGUCUCAAAGCCAGUUUUCAGACUUCGCAUCGUCCUUUUAUGGGGAACUUAAUUCACAAGUGCCUACUCCCUCCGUAAGUAUACAGACCCAAGAACCCUGGGAAUCUAGUUUCCUCCGACCGGGUGGUCUGACUCCUACGCCGGUUCCUUCUUCCCUUACGCGCGUUAGUCCCGACCCUAUCGCUGCACUUACGCGAGAUGCCCUUUCGUUCCCAGUAACUGGCGCAGGGGUUAAACGUCUAUUCAAUACCGCUCGGGAUAUCUGCCACUAUCGCCGUGGUAGAAUGAAGUCAAAGACUAUUAAAGAUUUGAUGAUGUUCCUUUGUACGUCAAGAUUUAAUAUAGAGGAGCACGAGGCGAAGCUUCUUAAGGAGUAUUUUACGUGGGAUGAGAUCGAGGCAGCGAAAGAAGAGAAGGAGGGGAAGAUUGACCUGAUGGAGGAUAAUCUGAUAAGUGAUACAGAGGAGUAG